GCUCCCCGCACCCAUCCUAAGAGUCACUGUGAAAAUUACCAGAUAUCCCGAUCCAUCGCCUCCCCGGCCCACCCAAUUGCUUCGAUUUCUCUUCCCCUCGCCUCGCCUCGCCGCAGCGGCGGCUGUACGACAUUCACCGAAUCCUCCCCGACGAACACGUCCCCAUGCCACACCACGCUGGAGGAGUUCAUCUCUCGUAGCGGGAGGAGUUGGACUGGCGCGGAGUGGAGAUCCAUUCGGGCUUUGGAUUGAUCCCUUUCGUUGAUCCCUUUUCCUGUUUUGGGAAGCUAUGGCAAGAACUCCAAGACAUCACAACUUAUCAAGCCGGCGACUUCGGUCAUCUCCUCCUGAUGCACCUUCCCACUACCAGAAAGCAACAAGGGCAGCCAAGGAAAAUAAAUUGAAAUUAACCUCGGAGAAAAAGGAUUGGAAACAUGCCACUUGCCCAAUAUGCUUGGAGCGUCCACAUGAUGCUGUCCUCCUGCUGUGUUCUUCACACACCAAAGGUUGUCGACCAUACAUGUGUGGAACCAACUAUCACCAGUCUAAUUGUCUCGAACAGUUUAAAAAUGCUUAUGUGAAGGAGAAACCGGCAAGUGAAGUAUCAGUUGCAGUGGCAGCAGCUAGCAAGAAGCCAAAGGAUGUGGAGCUCGCUUGCCCUAUCUGCCGUGGGGAAGUGAAAGGCUGGACAGUGGUUGAACCAGCCCGGCAAUUUCUCAAUCGCAAGAAGAGAACUUGCAUUCAUGAAGACUGCUCCUUCAUUGGAUCAUAUAAGAAACUCUGCAAGCAUGUGAAGGCCAGACAUCCUUCAUCAAAACCUCGUGAAGUUGACCCGGCACGUUUGGCUGAAUGGAAGGAGCUUGAAAGUGCAAAGGAGAGGCAGGAUGCAAUCAGCAUAGUCACAGGCUUGAAUCCAGGAUCUAUGAUUAUUGGGGACUAUCUUAUUGACCCCAAUAGUGGCAGCAGCGAUUCUUUCAUGGAUAACUCUGAUUGGAGUGAUGACUCUGACUCUUACACGUUUCCUGAUGGUGGUGAUAUAAUGUUUUCUGGAGGUCCUGACAUCCGAUCAUUACGAAGAGUCGUUCGCAGAGCUUACAGGACAAGUGAGGCAAGACCAAGGCAAAAUGUCCAGCGUCGCGCUCUAACCAUCUCCAGAAGCAGUGGAAGGCGUCGAUGGCCGCAGGUUGGUUCUGCUCUGUCAGCUCGGAUGCCGAGGGGGAGACAAGCAAGAUCCACGAAUGACAGCUGAGAAAUGGAAGCAGACAUCAGCACCUUACCAUGAGAGCUUGUCUGGCGGAACCACUAUUCAUGAAUCCUUUAGCAUGCUUCUUUCUGGUCUGGUCAUAGAGUGUGGGGUUUAAAAGUUUUUUUUUUCUUGUUGGGCCACUUCUUUUUCUCUGAUGAAUACGCUGCUAGACCUGUGAAUGACGUUUCUUUUAUUUCCUUUUAUCAAAGUAGAAUAGAAGCAGCGUAUGUUAGGCAAAAGAUUGCUUUAGCCAUUGGUGUUAUUGUCCUAGAAAAGCACAACCCAACUCUUGGUCAUUUCUGUUCAAAGUUAGUCAAGACCAUUUUGUUA